UUAUGCGUGACACUGCAAAUAAUAACAGCACCCCAGUGUUUAGGAACAUGCAGUGCGACCCCAGGAUUAUUCAGUAACUCCAGCAUGAGCCGUGUCAAGUACACAGCGUUAAUUAUUUCAAGUGUGAGAGGAAAGAAACUAGAACGUUGCAGCAGCUAAAAAUGAAGUAGCUAUAAAAACAACAUCCAGUCAAGCUGAAGCUUUCAGCAGCACAGGUUCAGGCUGAAUGACUUUACAAACACUUGACAUUAAAUAUUAGUCAGUAUCUAUUUCAAUGCGCUGCAGCUUUUUCCACAUGGCCUAAAACACUCUUUUCACACAGACUACUGAAAUAUUCUCUAAUCCAACCAGUUUCUUAAACCACCGACUCGCUCAGCAGCAGCACUGACGGAUGAAGAGGGGCAAGAAUCACACAAACUAACUUGCUUUUGUAGGCCUAUAUGAAUACACAGAUUCGGUUUACACGGCAAGCACCAUUAAAACGGGAUCAUGCAUCUGUUUAUCUGUGUUUGUGUGGUGAAGAAUAAGAGUUCAGUCAGAUGACUGACGGAGGCCUGUGAGCGCGGAUGAACAUUAAUGAAGCUGCACACAGAUCCUUGUGUUCCGCAGGUGUCGUGUUAGUGUAACCGGAUCGGUUCAGACACAGCAGCUGCUCUCUGGACGCGGUCAGACCGGCCGGUCUCUGCUCUCCAGAUGGAGCAGAAGAGCGUCAUCAAGCUCAGUCACUGUGACAAGGACAUCUACUGCUUCUUCGUGCCGGACCAGUGUCCCGAGUGCGGCGUGAGCUUCAGCGGGAAGCGGCUGGAGGAAGCACCGGUCAGUGUACCGAGCCCCUUCAGUAACGGACACAAAGAACCCUGCGCCUUCCUGGUGACCUCCUCAGAGGACGGAGCGCUCAGGGACUUCGACGGCGGCUCUGAUCUACACACCGGAAUCACCGACACAAACGGAGUGGUGUACAGCUACACGGAGCGGGGUGUCCAGCGAGAGCAUGCGGGCUGGGAGCGCUGUGUCUGCGUGCCGCUGGUGCAGCCCGACAUGUUCAGUCUGAUGAGUCAGUGGGAUCCGUACCUGGAGAAGUUCUCCUCCGCUCAGACCUGGGACCCGGCCUGGCAGAGCUUUAACGAGGAAAGCCACAACUGCUACAGCUACUCGCUGAUGUUCAUCAACUGUGUUCUGGCCACGCAGUCGAAGCGAGCGCUGAGUAAAGAUGAAUUCACACGCUCCUUCGUGCUUCCUCGGAUCAAACGAGCUUCCAAGUACAUCACGCUGUGCCGCGAGAUUUCCCAGAACCACUUCUACAUCGUCGACAGUCUGCGCAGAAACUCAGGCGAGGGUCCGAGCGAGGACGAGGACAGCAAGAACAACCGAGACCCUCUGUUCCUCACACGUCCUGAAUCAAGAACACAGAGCUGCAGACCCAGACGUGCGGAGCGCUCGGAGAGCCGUGUGCUGCGUGCGGUACCUGCAGAGAGAAGCGCCGGAGACACUCCGGAGAGCACAGCGCGUCUUCAGCCAGGCCUGCCGGAGCGAUGACCAGACACAGCAUC